CACAUGAAAACAACCAAACAAACUACAGUUCAUUUAGGGCUUUUGUACUAGAUUUGAAAUGAUCUUCUUCUCACCUCCAUUUUCAGCUCGAUAUUCUACUAGAUUAUCUUGAUCUUGCGUCUAGUAUACUGUUUGGUUCUCCUUCUCUUUUCAGAUUAUUGGUUUUCGUUUCUUGAUUCAUAAUGAUAAGAGAUUCGAAGCUCUCGCGACGAAAUUCCGGUAAAAAUCUUAAUUUCGAAGAAACUGAAAAUGUGCCGGUGAAUGUUAACAUUCGUGAGUCAUCGAUUCGUCGGAUGAGCAUCGACUCUUGUUCCAGGCCUCCAUUGAACUCAAUUCAAGAACCCCUUCAAAACCCUAGUAAACCAGCUCAGGAACCAGGGUUCAGAAGCUCAAAAACACAUAGAACACCGACUAAAGCUAAAAGUAGGCAUCAGGAAUCUGCGAUGACAAUGAGAACUCCAGAAAAGCAAGGGGUUUUAGCUAGAGAUCGAUUUGGGUGGGGCAAUGAUUCAACUGUGAAUACUCCUAGGUCAUGUAGGACCUUGGGAAGAGCUUCUUUGGGGUUUCCGGAGCUUAAUUCUGCACAUUCUACACCUACAAAAACUGUAACCAAGCCUCCAAAUCCAGGGUUAAUUUAUGGAGGUAACUCUAGGCCUCCUGUUCGUACUGGAAACUUUGCUGCUUUAUCUAAAGGAAUUCCUGUAACAUCCAACACUUGUACAACUGUAAAUACCAUCGAGGUCCCUCAUUUUGAUCUUAGAGAAGAUCCAUCAUUCUGGAUGGAUCACAAUGUUCAAGUUUUGAUUCGUAUCCGACCUCUCAAUGGCAUGGAAAUCACUUCACAAGGUUACAACAGGUGUCUAAAACAGGAAAGUGCACAAUGUUUGACAUGGGUUGGAAAUCCAGAAACUAGGUUUACAUUUGACCAUGUAGCAUGUGAAACAAUUGACCAGGAAACCCUUUUCAAGAUGGUUGGUGAGCCAAUGGUGGAGAAUUGCUUAUCUGGAUACAAUAGUUGUAUGUUUGCAUAUGGACAGACUGGAAGUGGGAAAACACACACAAUGCUUGGUGAAAUAAACAAUCUUGAAGUAAAACCUAGCCAAUAUCGUGGAAUGACACCUAGAAUAUUCGAGUUCCUAUUUUCAAGAAUCAUAGCGGAAGAAGGAAGUCGAAAGAAUGAAAGACUUACAUACAAUUGCAAGUGUUCUUUCUUGGAAAUCUACAACGAACAAAUCACCGAUCUUCUUGAUCCUUCAUCCACAAAUCUACAACUUCGGGAAGAUGUUAAAAAGGGAGUAUAUGUUGAGAAUUUAACCGAAUUUGAAGUUCAUACAGUGGGUGAUAUUCUUAGGCUUUUAAGUCAGGGUUCUGCAAACAGAAGAGUUGCUUCUACAAAUAUGAAUAGAGAAAGUAGUCGUUCACAUAGUGUUUUCACAUGUGUAAUUGAAAGUAGAUGGGAAAAAGAUUCAACAUCUAACCUAAGAUUUGCAAGAUUAAACCUUGUUGAUUUAGCUGGAUCAGAAAGGCAAAAGAGUUCUGGUGCCGAAGGUGAGAGGUUAAAAGAAGCUGCAAAUAUUAACAAAUCAUUAUCCACACUUGGUCAUGUAAUAAUGGUUCUAGUAGAUGGUGCUAAUGCAAGGACAAAACAUGUUCCCUAUAGAGAUUCUAGACUCACAUUCCUUCUUCAGGACUCAUUAGGUGGAAACUCAAAAACAAUGAUAAUUGCUAACGUGAGCCCUUCAAUAAGUUCUGCUACUGAGACUUUGAACACUUUAAAGUUUGCACAACGUGCAAAACUUAUUCAAAACAAUGCUGUGAUUAAUGAAGAUGCAUCAGGAGAUGUUGAAGCACUUCAACAUCAGAUUCGACUUCUAAAGGAGGAGCUUGUGUCUCUUAAACGCCUCAACAUAUCAAGAUCACUAACAAAUAAUUCAAAAAAUGAGAAUUGUAGCAAUGAAAGUUCACAUGAUAAUUAUGAAGAUGAUGAUGAAAAAAUCCUAAGAGUUUCUUGUAAACAGUUAAAAUCAUUAGAGACUUCAUUGAAUGGAGCUUUAAGAAGAGAGCAAUCUACUGAAAAUUCUAUAAAACAACUUGAAGCAGAAAUAGAACAAUUGAAUAGCCUGGUGCAUCAAAGGGAGGAGGAAAACAGGUGUACAAAAAUGAUGUUGAAGUUUAGAGAAGAUAAAAUACAAAGGAUGGAGUGUCUUUUAUCUGGAUCACUGAGUGUUGAUUCUUAUUUGUUAGAAGAAAACAAAAUGGUGAAUGAAGAAAUCAAGAUUCUUCGUGGAAAAGUUGAGAGGAAUCCUGAAGUGACACGUUUUGCAGUGGAAAAUAUUCGGCUUCUUGAACAACUUAGAAGAUUUCAAGAUUUUUAUGAAGAAGGGGAGAGGGAAAUGUUGUUGACUGAAGUUUCUGAAUUGAGGGAUCAGUUGACUUUGUCUCUUGAUCAGAAUUUGAAUCAAAGUAUUGAAAAGGAAAGUACACAAGACAAAAAACAAGAUGAUUUUCUUCAACUUGAGUUAGAGAAAUGCAUGGAGAAAAAUGCAAAACUCUGCAGGGAAAUUGCCGAUUUAAAUGAUUUACUAGAAAUGCAAAAAUCUGAGGUCAUAAAGGAUGAAAUUCUUGCAAAUAACACCAAAGAAAUACUGGAUUUACAAUUGGAGGUUGAAAUUUUGAAAAUUAUUCUCAAAGAGGAGAGAUCGAUUCAUGUUGAAACAGAUGAAAAGUUUUUGUUAAUAACAAAACAAUGUGAAAACUUAAAAGAAGAGCUUCAAGAAGCCAAAUCAGUCAUUGAAGCUCUUGAGAUACAAAAUCUUGUAUCAAUCAAUGAGCUUGAAGAUCUCAAGAACAUUAAUAAUAAUCAGUAUUCUGAAAUCACUUCUUUGAAUGACAAAAUCUUAAGUCAAGAAUCAAAAGAGCAAACUUCAUUAAACAAAGUGCAAGAUUCUCUUGAAAAAGCCAAGAAAUUGAAUACUUUUUACCAAAAUGAUCGAGUUUUUCAUGAGUCGGAUGAAGAACAAAUGGAUGAAGUAAGAAAACAAGUUGAGGCUGAAACUAGUGAGGUUAUAGUCUGCUUACAAGAAGAACUUUGCAAUUUUCAGAAAAAAAUGCAAGAAAAUAGUUUAAAAGAGAGAGAAACACAACAAGAAUUGAUCAUUUUGCAAGAGAAACUAGAUGUUAUGAGUGAAUGCAAUAAAACAUUAAGAGAAAAGUUUGAAGAGAAAGAUAGAGUUUUAUUCAGUUUAUGUGAAAAGAUUGAAGAGGUUCUUAGUGUUGGUGAUAUGGCUCUUGAUGAUGUCAUGAAUCGGUUUGUAAAUGGAAAACAAGAAUGGGUUUCAGAGAAAUUAAAGAUUAUUGCAAGAAAUGUAUAUGAAAAGGAGUUAAGGAUUGAGGAAUUGAAUUCAUGUUUAGAGGAUGCAAAAAGAAAAAGUAAUGAAAUGGAGUCGAUGUUGAGGUCAUUAAGAGGGGCAAUUUUGGUAAUGUCAGAAGCACACCAACAAGAUUGCAACAAAAAAGAUGAAGAAAUUGUUGAAAAGGAAUGUGAGAUUGAUAAGUUAAAAGAAAGUCUUAUAGAAAAAGAUUUUGCAAUUGAAGUGGAGUCUUGUUGUUACUUUGAUAAGUUUUUAGAAACCGAUUUUAUGAUUGAAGAAAUGAAGAUUGAGAUCUCAGAGAUGAAGAAAAAAGAAGUUUUUUUAAUAAACGAGAGAGAAAGUUAUUCGAUUCUUGAAACACAAAUUGAAACAGAUACAAUUUCAAUGAAGAAAGAAGUGGAAGAGAUUGAACAUAUGAUUCUUGAAAUCCAAGCUAAAAAUCAAGAUCUCAUACCAAAGCCAUCUGAUUUUGACAAUAUCAAGUCUUGUGUUCAUGAAAUGCUGACGUGGCAUGAGGAGAUAUGGUGUGAGAUAAUUGCAAAGGAUUGGGUUGUGUCUGUGUUACAUGUGUGUCACAUGGGAAUAUUAAUGGAAACAUUGAGUGGUUUGAAUGUAGAAAAGAGUCUACUUCACCAUGGAUUAUGUGAAUCGAAUGCUUUAGUAUCCGAGUUAAAAGGGCAAAAUGGUAAAUCAAGAAAAGAACUUGAAGCUUGUAGCAUGCUUAGAGGGAAGUUAUUGGUUGACAUCAAGAAUGGUUUUGAUCGAAUUUCAAGAAAAGAAGAAGAAACUGGAAACCUUUCGAUAAAAAUUACAAAUUUUGAAAAAAAGAUUCUUGAUUUACAAGUUAUGGAGGAAGCAAUGUUGGAAAGGUUUAAUCAUAUGGGAGAUGAGCUUUUUACAAUAAUGAAGGAAAUAAAUGUUAUUGAUCAAAAGCAACAAGAAAUGAUUGAUGAUGAAGAUGAAGAUGAAGAGAAAAUAGUGAUUGAUUCAUUUGAAAAAGAGAUUGAGUUGUUGUUGAAGCUAGAAAAAAUGGCUUCUAUAAAUAAUGAUCUCGAGAAAGAGAAAUUUAGUAUUUUUAUGGAACUUGAGAAGUUUAAGGAAGACAUGAUUAUUUCAUUUGUGGAUAUGAAAUUAAAAGAUAGCUUUGAUCUUGAAAUGUCAUCAUGCAAACUUCAACAUGAAUUGGAAAUGAAUGUUGAAGAGUUGAGAAUACAAAAAGAGGAAAACAAGAGACUUUCAAUCAUGUUAAAAGAUCAGAAACAUGAGAUUGAAGAAGCUAAUUUUGAAGCUUUACAAUGUGAAGUCUAUGAAAGUGUUGUGAAAAGCAAUGUACUUGAAACUGUUGUUGAUGAAAAGAACAUUUUGAUAGAAUCAUUGAAGGAAGAUGUGAAAAGAAUUAGUUGUGAAAAAGAUGAAAAGGAAGAGGAAUUGAAGGUUUAUGAAAAGUCAGUGGAAGAGCUAGAAUGCACUGUGAAUGUACUAGAGAACCAGAUUAAGAUGGUGAAAGGAGAUGCAGAAAGACAACGGUUGCAAAGGGAGGAGGUAGAAGUAGAGCUUCAUGCUUUGAAACAAAGCAAUGAUUCUGUUAUGCAAAGAGAUUUAGAUGAAAAAGAGAAAGAGCUUCAAGAUCUUCUUAGACGCAACAUCAUUCUUCAAAAAGAAAUCAUCUCCAAAGAUGCAGAGAUCAUUGAGUUGAAUCUCCAAAAGGUUCAAUCUAGAGAAUAUAAUGAGAAAAUUAAGGAAAUGGAGGAAAUGGCUGAUGUGAAUGUGACAUCUCCCUACAACAUAAAUUCACCAUUAAAAAGAGUUGAGAGAAGUGGAUCAAGGUCAAAGGGUCAACAUGGUUCUUCUCCUUUUAAGAGCAUAAGAUUAGGGUUUGUACAACAAGUGAACUGUGAGAAGGAUGAAGAGCUAAUUUCUGCAAGAAUUCGUAUUCAAGAGCUUGAAGCAUUGGUUGCAAGUUGGCAAAAGGAGAAUAAUGAGGGUGUUAAGCAACAACAAUUGCUUACAAUGGAAAAUGAAAUGUUAAAGAAUGAGAUCGAUAAUCUCAAGAAGAAUGUGAUGGAGCUUGAAGUUGAAGGACAACAAAAUCUCCAACAACAAAUCCAUCAUCAUGCCAAAAUAAAGGAGGAGAACAAUGUGUUGAAGGCACAAAAUGAUGAAAUCAGUCAUAAGUUGAAAAGGGCAGAAGUAAUAAUUAGACGGGUGAAAGAAGAGCUUGCUAACUUACGUGCAACUAGUGAAAGAAAGCCUUGCUGACGUGGAAUACCUAAAAUUUCAUUAGUAAACAAUUGAAAGAACAAAACCAAC